CGUCACAUUAAGGUUAUAUUGAAACUAACCCCAAAUCAUGGAUCAUGAAACCAAAUAAAUAAGUAUAAUAUUAAUAUUUUCAUUAUAUUCAAUUACAUUAAGAAUAGAAAUUGAGAUAUCUAUAAGGUCAACAUGUACAAAACUUGUUCACACUGUCGAUCACUUACCUUUUCUGCACGUAAAAGAAGCAAUUGUGUAUUAGGAAUUUACUAUUCAACAAAAAAAGAUACAAAGAUACCCCCAAUUAAAUAUACAUCAACCAUAAACUUACCGAAAACAACAUUUCCUACAAGAGUAAGUGUAGCCCGACGAGUGCAGGUUGAUGAAGAAAUCAAACAGAACUCUGCAUUCGAUGAACUCUAUUCAUGGCAAAGAAAUAAUCUACCAGGCCCUGAUUUCAUUUUGCAUGAUGGACCUCCUUAUGCCAAUGGUGAUUUACACAUUGGUCAUGCUAUUAAUAAAAUUCUAAAAGAUAUUACAAUUAGGCAUAAAGUAAUCUCUGGCCAACGAGUACAUUAUGUACCUGGCUGGGAUUGUCAUGGCCUACCCAUUGAGUUAAGAGUCUUAAAUGAUAUUAGGGAAGAUAUUCCACCUCACAAAAUAAGGGAAAAGGCUCGUAGAUAUGCAUUAGAUACUGUAAAACAACAGCAAGAGAGUUUUGAAUUAUGGGGAAUAAUGGCAAAUUGGAGCAGUACAAGUGAAACUUACAGAACAACAGACAAAAGUUAUAUUCAACAUCAGUUAUUGCUUUUCUUAGAGUUAUAUGAACAGGGAUAUCUUUAUCAAGAUUUAAAGCCUGUAUAUUGGUCUCCAGAAUCCAGGACAGCGUUAGCAGAAUCAGAGUUAAUAUAUGAUGAGCAAUAUAAGAGUCCAUCGCUGUAUUUUCGAGUAGAGCUUCAGGAUUUUCCAGAGCACAUAGAAGAUUUUGUGAGAAAUUCUCCUAUAUAUGCGUUAAUAUGGACCACAACUCCAUGGACUCUAGCAUCUAAUAAGGCUGUUUGUUACAAUCCAGAACAUACAUAUAGUUUAAUAGAAAUUGAAAAUAUAUCUGGGGCAUAUUUGAUCGCAACAGAUUUAAUACCAGCAUUUGCACAACUUCUGAACAAAAACACAAAAAUACUCACAACUUUCAAAGGGUCUUUGUUGGAGGAUACUUCUUAUAAAUCGUUACUUGGUGAAGAAAUAUUUCCUUUUUUGGAAGGAGAGCAUGUAACAUUAGGCAAGGGAACUGGUUUGGUUCACACAGCACCAGCCCAUGGUGCAGAAGAUUUUUUAGUAGCCAAAAAAUUUGGGAUUGAUUUGUCAUGUAUUGUUGAUGAAAAUGGGCGAUACUCAUCUAAAGCUCCUGAUUUUCUGCAAGGACUAGAUGUAUUAAAAGAGGGAAAUAAGACUAUUUUAAAUAAUGGAGAUAUCAAAAAGAAUAUUAUUCAUCUUGAUUCUAUUGUGCAUAGUUACCCAUUAGAUUGGAGAACAAAAACUCCAGUGAUAUUACGUGCCAGCAAACAAUGGUUUAUUGAUACAGAUAAAUUGAAGAAGCAAGCAGUUGAAGCUUUAAAAGGUAUAACGCUGUAUCCAAGCUUAAAUAAUCUAUCAAAUAUGAAAGGAUUUGUUAAUCAAAUUGAAAAAAGACCAUACUGGUGCAUAUCAAGGCAGAGAUCAUGGGGUGUGCCAAUACCAGUGUUGUAUGAUAAAACUACCAAUAAACCAAUUAUCAAUAGAAAUAUUGUAAGUCAUCUAUGUGAAAUUGUUCAAAAUGAAGGUAGUAUUGAUGCAUGGUUUACAAAAUCAUUGGAUGAACUCAUACCAGGGCAAAUUCUGAAGAAAAGUGGACUGAAAUCAGAAGAUGUAUAUAAAGGAAAUGAUAUAUUAGACAUUUGGUUAGAUAGUGGUGCAUCCUGGUUGGGAGUUAUAGGAAGAGAUAAAAUAGCAGAUUUAUAUCUGGAAGGCGUUGACCAAUUUCGUGGAUGGUUUCAAUCAUCACUUUUAACUAGUGUUGCUUUAAGAGGGAAAGCCCCAUAUAAAAAUUUAUUUGUGCAUGGUUUUGCAGUGGACGAAAAAGGUUUGAAAAUGUCAAAAUCUUUAGGAAAUGUAAUAAGCCCUACAGAUAUAAUUAAAGGAUCUAAGUCAAAACCUGCUCUGGGAGUUGAUACGCUACGCUGGUGGGUUGCGAAUCACUCAACACAACAUGCACUGAUACCAGUUUCUGAAACGUUAUUAAAUUCUAGUUCAGAAAACAUUCAAAGAUUGAGAUUAGUAUUAAAAUUUUUAUUAGGCGCUGCUAAACAUUCAGAAUUAGUUGAUGUUUCAGAAAUAAAAGAAAAUAAAGAUGUCUCAUUUUCUAGAGAAGAUAAAUCUCUAAAACUGCUUGAUAAGUAUAUGUUUCAUAAACUGUAUGAAUUUGAUCAAAAGAUGACUAUAUUAUAUGAAUCAUAUGAAUAUAACCGAGUAUGCGCACAUAUAAUGAACUUUGUUGCAAAUUCUUUAUCUGGAUUAUAUUUGCAUGUUAUUAAAGAUCGACUUUAUUGCGAUUCGAUUAGUGAAAGUGAUGGAGCCCAAUUAGUAUUAGUGACCGCGUUAGGAAUUUUGUGCAGAGCCCUAUGGCCUAUUUUGCCACAUUUAGUUGAAGAAGCAUGGAGCCAUUAUGCUGGUAAUACAAAACGAGAACCAUUUUACCAUCAUCCACCUCAUGUUUCAACAAGGUGGUAUUGUCCAGAGGUGGUACCUCCUAUGGAACUUGCUUUUGAAAUGAGGUCUAUGUUAAAUAGUCUUGCAAAGCAGAACACCUGGUUACUGUCUGCUGAUAUAACAAUCAAUGAACGCAUAAAGCCGUUAGUAAAGAUGUUGCAAUCGCAGGAAAGUUCCAAAACUUCCGAGUUGUGCGAUAUACUGCAGCUAUCGAGCAUUACAUUGUAUCAGAGUGAUGAAUUUCUAACAAAUGGGUUCAAUAUAGAAAUCAGGCCAACAAAUUCACCAGUCUGCCCUCGGUGUCGAAGGCAUAGUGUCGAUGAUGUGGAUCACUUGUGUGAACGAUGUAACAAUGUUUUGAAUGGUUAAUUAUUUUAUAAAAUAAAUAUUUGU